GUUCGGCCAAUUCCCAAUUACUCAUUUACCGGCAGUCUCUCAUCUCACAAUCUCUCUCUCCCUGCACCCAAACAUCGCAUCGACCCUUGUCCUGACCUGAUCUGAACAGUCAGGCGACUCUCCGCUCCUUUGACCAUCUAUUCUCCUGUUUGUCCCCUUGAACGUCCACCCGGUCCCUGUCGCUGCACCUCGAUUGAUAUCCAAUAUGUCCGCCCGCUUCGGUCUGCGCUUCGGUUCUGCGCAGCAAUGGUCUCGUCAGACCGCGUCUCGAUUCACCCAGUUCAAGGCUCGAAACCCAAUCUUCCGCCGGUACCAGGGAACAACGGCCAACCCGGCAGUUGAGGCUCCUUCUCAACAGAGCUUGUGGCAGAGAUUAUGGACCAGCGAGGUUGGGAUCAAGACCGUGCAUUUCUGGGCCCCUGUCAUGAAAUGGGGAGUCGUCCUCGCCGGUGCCUCGGACUUCCUCCGACCAGCCGAGAAACUGUCGUUGACGCAGAACCUGGCCCUCAUGGCCACCGGCUCCAUUUGGACAAGAUGGUGCUUCAUCAUCAAACCCAGGAACAUUCUUCUCGCCGCCGUCAACUUCUGCCUGUUCCUCGUCGGUACUAUCCAAACCACCCGGAUCUUCUUGUACAAGCGGUCCGAAGCCGGCAGCGCGGCCGCGGCAUUGAAGGAAAUGGAACGGGACAUUGAAGGCGCUGCCAAGAAGGUUGAGAAAAAGGUCGAGCAGAAGGUUUAGGGUCCUAGUUGCAAAAUAGGAGAGGAAGAAAAGAAGAACUGGGAAGCAGUUUAUCUCCUUAUAUGUGGUAUGGGCCAUAGUGGGAUCCAAAGGCGGGAGAAAGAGUCUGAUCUCCAGCGUCAAGCUCAUGCCGUCGGACUCACGAGCGGAGACGGACCAAAGCGUUUCGUGUGUCGACAAGAUGGACUUGACUUGCCAUGGUCCAGGUCGUGCUCAGAUGCAGUGGGCAAGGAAGUCCAAUUCUGCUAGGAUUGAUACAGUACUACUUUCGCAUAUGAGUGAAGCGGAACAAAAGCAAGCUCCUUUGCUAUACUCUUCUCUCUUCCUUCCUACCGCCGCAAGUUUGUGUGUCGGUAACAAGUAUCUGUUGCCUUAGUUCGUUUCGCCAUUCCAUCUCUUUGCUUCUUUUCCUGUCCUUGACCCCAACUUGGACGCAGUCAGUUAAGCUGCAG